AUGCAUUUUUCCCUGAACUUCUCUGCUCCAGACCCCUCCUUACUAAUUCUGUUUUCUGCUAGUCUUUCCCUUGAUUCCCACUUUCCUUCUGUCCCUGCAUCCUUCCCGUGUCUUGCCAGGGCCAUCCCUUUCAUUUCCAACUGUCUUUUUGCUGGUGGCUGGGCUCGUUGGGUCCUGCCCUACACACGUUUUUCUCCGGCUAGCUCUUCCCCUCCACUUUUCUUCUCCGUUCCGCCCAGCUCUGUCUCCACCCCAGGCUGCCCACCCCCAUUCUUCUCGCUGCCCCAGAAGAGAUACCCUGCUCUCGAGCACCAGCCUGCAACUUUUCAAAGAAGUUUUAAAGGCUCCUGGGUGUCAUCCCUCGCUCUCCCUCUCCCUCCUCCACGAGCGGCGGUCGGAGCCAGUUCACACGUGUUGGAGUUGAGCAAGUUGAUGUGGCUAAUAAUGAUGCAGAUUGUGCUGGAUGGGUAUGCAGAUGAAACAGGGGAAUACAGAUUAAAUAAAAAAUUUCUUCAAAGCCUACGUUUGCUUCAUAAUUUAACUUCUGGGCUUGUCUCAGUGGUAGUAGGUGCGACCAGGCUUCAGAACAUUGUUCUGAAGCAUCUCGGCAUCACAGAGGAACAGCCACCCAAACGGCAUUGCUGUACUUCUUCGAGGCCAGAAGAAAAUAAUAAUUGAAAAAAUAAGGCCUGCCCGUGGCUCCGCAGAGAGACACCUGACCCCCUCCGCAGAGGGCUGGUAACGGGGGAGCCGUGAGGAGUGAGGGACAGAGGUUCAGUGCUUAACAAGUAGUCUGCUCCGAGACAGAACUUUGCUUUCUGUAUGUAGCCCAUGCAAGCCAUCAGCAGCCUCUUCUUCCCGACAGUCAAUGUGGUGGGUGCCAGAGGUGGUCACACAGUCACCCUGGAGACCCCCAGGAAACGACUCUAUCACUGAGCUCUUUUAAACAAUGGUACAGACAAGAGGCACUGAUGAGAUAAGGCCUCGGAGCGG